CAUCCCCGCCCCGGCGGAGAGAGAGACGGAAGCGCGGGUGGCUCCGUGGACGCUGCGUUUCCACAGCCAGAGCAGCUGAGCCUCACGUCAGCUCCCGUGAGGGCCACUUCCUGCCACCCACAGACCUGGCCUUUGGGCUGCUCCCAAGCCAAUGAACCCCAUGAAACCUGCCCUGCCCCCCGCACCACACGGUGAUGGUCCCUUUGCUUAUGAGGCCGUGCCUUGGCAACAGAGUGCCACUCAGCCGGCAGGAUCGCUGUCCGUGGUCACGACCGUGUGGGGAGUGGGCAACGCGGCACAGAGCCAGGUUUUGGGGAACCCCAUGGGCCCUGCAGGGAGCCCCCCCGGCAGCUCAACAAUGCCUGGCAUGGCGGGCAGCAGCUCGGCUCUGAGCUCCCCGCAGUGCUUGGGACAGCCAGCAUUUGGUGAAGGCGGCGCCAGCAAGGGCUUCGUGCAGCAGGGGGUGUAUGGCCGUGGGGGCUUCACCACCGGGUAUGGCGGCCCCGGGGGGCCGGGGGGCCUGGGCCUCCCCUCCCACGCCGCGCGACCCUCCACAGACUUCACUCAAGCGGCGGCCGCCGCCGCUGUGGCUGCUGCUGCUGCCACCGCCACCGCCACUGCCACGGCCACCGUGGCCGCCCUGCAGGAGAAGCAAGGCCAGGAGCUGGGCCAGUACGGAGCGAUGGGGGCCGCACAGUCUUUUAACAGCCAGUUCCUGCAGCACGGAGGUCCUCGGGGACCCAGCGUCCCCAGCAGCAUGAACCCUGCCAGCGUGGGAGGGCUGAUGGGCCCUUCCGGCAUGAGCUCCGUGGGCAUGAACCCCACCCGGGCAGCCGGCAUGGCGCCCUUGUAUGCAGGGCAGCGCCUGCCCCAGCACGGGUACCCUGGGCCCCCCCAGGCCCAGCCGCUGCCCCGACACGGGGUCAAGAGAGCCUACUCCAGUGAGGUGUAUCCAGGGCAGCAGUACCUGCCAGGAGGCCAGUACGCACCUGGCCCCGGGCAGUCCCCUGCCCCCUCCUCCUACGCUGGUCACAGGCUGCCCCUGUCCACCUCUGGUCCCCCGGGACUGCACUACAAGCCCGCCGAGCAGUUCACCGGGCAGGGCGCCGGCUUCAGCGGGGGGAGCCUCAGCUACAGCCAGCCUGGCCUGAGUGGGCCCACCCGUUCCAUCCCUGGCUACCCCAGCUCCCCACUGCCAGGGAGCCCCACGCCACCCAUGACCCCCGGCAGCGGCGUCCCCUACAUGUCUACCAGCCAGGAUGUCAAGUCUCCCUUCCUGCCUGACCUCAAGCCCAGCGUGAGCUCCUUACACCCAUCACCCCCUGCCUGGUGGCCCUUUCGAGCUGCCGUGCUACAGGCAGUGCUGAUGGGUGGCCUGCUCGCAGGCGGCGGCCCCUGUGAUGAGCUGCGGCUGACCUUCCCCGUGCGGGACGGGGUGGUCCUGGAACCCUUCCGCCUUCAGCACAACCUGGCCGUCAGCAACCACGCCUUCCAGCUUCGCGACUCGGUCUACAGGACGCUGAUGCUAAGGCCGGACCUGGAGCUGCAGUUCAAGUGCUACCACCACGAGGACCGGCAGAUGAACACCAACUGGCCGGCCUCCGUGCAGGUCAGCGUCAAUGCCACCCCACUCACCAUCGAGCGCGGCGACAACAAGACCUCCCACAAGCCCCUAUACCUGAAGCACGUGUGCCAGCCGGGCCGCAACACCAUCCAGAUCACCGUCACGGCCUGCUGCUGCUCCCACCUGUUCGUGCUGCAGCUGGUGCACCGGCCGGCCGUCCGCUCUGUGCUGCAGGGCCUCCUGAAGAAGCGUCUGCUGCCGGCCGAGCACUGCGUCACCAAGAUAAAGCGGAACUUCAGCAGCGGCACCAUCCCCGGGCCCAACGGAGAGGAUGGGGUGGAACAGACGGCCAUCAAGGUGUCCCUCAAGUGCCCCGUCACCUUCCGCAGGAUCCAGCUCCCUGCCCGUGGCCAUGACUGUCGCCACAUACAGUGCUUCGACCUGGAGUCCUACCUGCAGCUCAACUGUGAGCGGGGGACCUGGAGGUGCCCCGUGUGCAACAAGACGGCGCUGCUGGAGGGCCUGGAGGUGGACCAGUAUAUGCUGGGCAUCCUAGUCUACAUCCAGAACUCUGACUGCGAGGAGAUCACCAUCGACCCCACGUGCAGCUGGAAGCCGGUGCCGGUGAAGCCGGACGUGCACGUCAAGGAGGAGGCGGACGGGCCGGCGCUGAAGCGCUGCCGCAGCGUGAGCCCCGCCCACGCGCUCGUGCCCAGCGUGAUGGACAUGAUCGCCGCGCUGGGGCCGGGCCCCGCCCCCUUCGCCCCCUUGCAGUCCGCCUCCGCCCCGGCCCCCGGCGACUACCCCGGCCAGGGUUCCAGCUUCCUGGGACCCAGGACCUACCCUGACUCCUUCCCGCCCACCACAGCCAGCACCCCAUCCCUUCCCGAGUUCACCCCGGGGCCACCCCCCAUCUCCUACCAGUCCGACAUUCCCAGCAGCCUCCUGACGCCAGAGAAGUCCGCUCCCUGCCUCCCAGGCCAGAUGGCGCCAGCGGGUCACCUGGACCUAGCCCACAACCCAGGGCCGCCGGGGCUCCACACACCCAACCUUGGAGGCCCCCCAGGGCCCCAGCUGCACCAUCCGAACCCUCCCCCAGCAUCCCGGCAGCCCCUGGGUCCAGUGAGCUCAGGUCCGGUUGGCGAGCUGGCCUUCAACGCAGCCACAGGCGUGAUGGGCCCCCCCUUGUCUGGGGCAGGGGAGGCCCCAGAACCGGCCCUGGAUCUGCUCCCAGAACUGACCAACCCUGAUGAGCUGCUGUCCUACCUGGGCCCGCCUGACCUCCCCGCGAACAGCAACGAUGACCUGCUGUCUCUCUUCGAGAACAACUGAUCCUGCCCAGCCCCACUGCACACCUGGAGCCGCUUGCCCUACCCCUGCUGGGAGGGGACCCGGGCAGUGGCCCUGCCCUCACCCAGCUGGCGGCUGCAAGGGAUUUUCAGGAGACCACGUCCAGCCCAGCCCAGCCCAUCCCCAGCGCCGGCCCCGCCCCUCAUCCACACCCCGCCCCCUCUGGGCCGGGCCACGCCCCCAUAACUGCCAUUGACCUUGCAGGCCCCCCACCCUCACCCUCACCCAAAUCCUGCCCCUCGGAGCCCGGCCCGCCUUGCGGGCCCCCAGAACCUCCGUGUGUCCGGCGAUGACCCCAAAACCCGUGCGGCCUCCCUGGGUCCCCCUUCCCCCCGGCUGCGGGCAGAGCCUGAGGUGCAGCACACUGCUUGGAGCGGAUGCCGUGGGCGGUGGUCCUGCGGGCGCUCCCCAGCCUGGGUGUCCUUGUAAACGUGCAGUCAGCCCCGCCGCGUUUUUAAAGCCAACUCCCGUGUUCCCUCUCCCCCACCCACCCCUGUGCCGCGCCGGUGGGGCGCCGCCCCGCCUGCCCCCUCCAUUAAAGGAUUCCCCACGGUG